CUGUUGUUGGACCGUGCGAGGGACGGACCUCGUGAAAUGGUGCAGCUCUAUCAUCGUCAAUGAAUUUUCGAUCAACAUGCCACUGAAGACCUCCUUCGCGUUGUUGGUGUUCGUUGUCGGCGCGGCGGUGUCCCAGGAGAGCUUCUACUUCGCGGAGAGCCCGUCGGACACGGAGGUGGUGGAGGGCCGGCCGGCGACGCUGCGCUGCCGCGCCUCGCGGCCGGACGCCAUCAGCUACUACUGGGAGGCGGGCGGCGCGCGGCUGCCCAACACGACGCGCCGCCACCAGCGCGGGCCCUACCUGCACUUCACGCGCGUCCUGCGCCACCGCGACGCCGCCGAGUUCGCCUGCAUCGCCACCAACACCUCCACCGGCUUCUCGCUUCGCAGCCGCGCCGUCUCGCUCAUCAUACACUGGCUGGGCGAGCAGGUGAGCGUGCAGCUGCAGAGCCCGUCCGCGGCCGCAGACAUCGCUCCCGGCCACGACGUGUCGCUGCGCUGCAAGGCCGACGGCAGCGGGGACCUGCGCUACGCCUGGUACAGGAAUGGUGAGAGACUAAGUAAGUCUGAACAUCUUGGAAUUCAUGGACAUCGACUGCACAUCAGAAAUGUGAGUGUCGCUGACAAUGGUGUGUACCGAUGCACUGCACACAAUAAAGCUGGUUCAAGAAACAGCACUGUUAACCUGGUACUGACUGUUCCAGGUCAUAAUAUUGCGUCAAUUUUGCAGCCACCAUCAAACCUGCUAGUAAAAAGAGGGGAUACAGCAGUAUUUGACUGCGUUUUUGAGAAUGCUGAUGAAACAGAAUGGUACCUUUGGCCACAUUCUGAAGCAAUCAAGAAUUCAACUAGGUACUCAGUUUUUUCUAAUGGAUCACUUGUUAUAUACAGUGUUAAUGAUGAGCAUCCAACAGAUGACAGGGGCACUUACUCUUGUGUAGGAAUAAGAGGAAAAGAGAAGCAGACAUAUUCUGCUGAGCUGAAAGUUGCUUACCUCCAACCUCUCACAAGCAAUUCAUUUGAACCACCACUCCCAGAUGAUGGGAUCAGAGUGGUGGCAGAGCGGAUGGAGUUUGAAACAACCUGUUUGCCUCCUGAUGGUGAUCCACCACCUCGAGUCUGGUGGCUUGACCCACAAGAGCAUGUCGUUACUGAUACAGGCCCUGUGCGGGUCGAUGACACACGGCUCAUAAUUGCAGCAGCACGCCCGGGGAAGGACGAUGGAAAUUACUCUUGCAUUGCGGAAAAUCUUGCUGGAACCAGUACUGCAAAUCUUCAACUUAUUGUGUCUACUCCACCAACAGUGUUAGCAUCGCCAAUUCCUGUGACAGUGGAAGAAGGAGAGUCAGCUAUCUUCAGGUGUCAGUUUGAAGCUAUGCCUUUUCCAGUAACUAAAGUCCACUGGUUGAAGGAUGGGAAACAACUGAGAGAAGCUGAACACUUGAAAACCAAUCUUCGGACGGGAAUUCUAAACAUUACGGAAGUGUUCUUGGAGGACAGAGGACAGUAUAGUUGCCAAGUUAAUACUACAGGCUUUCCACCUCAAAUCUCCAAAGCUGCUUCUCUUUUUGUUAAAGAAAAGUUGAAAUUUAAUCCACGGCCAGUCAAUAAGAAACUUGAAUUAGGUUCUGAGUCUCGUGUUUAUUGUAAGGCACAGGGUUCAGAUCCACCAGUUAUAAAAUGGUUUAAGGAGGGAGAAAAUAUGUUUGAACUUCCGAAGCAUGUGCAAGACCACAAUGGCACGUUAGUUUUUACUAGAGUUACUAUGAAUGAUAAGGGACGAUACACAUGUGUCGCAACAAACACUCAGGGUAUUAUAAAUGCAACAAUAAACAUUGAUGUAAUAGUGACACCAAAAUUUACUGUACUACCCCAGAAUCCAACAAGAGCAUAUGAAGGCCACUCUGUUAUGAUUCAUUGUAUAGCUGAAGGUGAUCCUAAACCUACAAUCAAAUGGGAUAGAAACAGCAAUUUUAGUGCUUUAGAGCAGGACAGGUUUACAGUCCUAAAGAAUGGUACCCUAUGGGUGAAGGAAGUGCAGCUGUCUGAUGAGGGGCGGUAUGGAUGCACUGCAGGAAACAGUGGUGGUUUUAAGCGAGAAGAAGUUGUGCUUUAUGUGCAAAGUGGUGAAGGGUACCGGCCAAUGGAAGGGUCUGAUGAGGAUUCAAUGAUGACAAAAACAGUGACAAUAACAUUGACAGCUGCAGCUGCAUACAUGGUACUUGUAAUAGGCCUCAUGAUUUGGUGUCGCUAUCGUAGGCGCAAGAGGAAACAAGCGUACAUGGAUGCAAAUGGAGCAGAAGGGACUAAUACACUUUUGACGAAGGCAGAGAAUGGUGAAGCUGUGGGGGAACACACAGAACUAAAGGAGACUGGAGGAUUGUGCCUCACAGGUGGUGCAGGUCCAAGGAGCGAAGGUGAUGGAGGUGACACUGGCCAUUCCCACAGUUCUGGCCACAGCAAGCGCUCUAAAAAUGGCUAUGAUAAAGUUUCAGUCUCUCGCAAGGAUCUUCAUAGUUUAGUUCUCUUAGGGCACUGUGACUUUGGUGAAGUAUUUUUAGCCAAGAUGAGAGGCUUGCAUCUGGAAGGUGAUGAUAAAGUUAAAGAAAAAGAAGACAAAGAUUCUGUUGUCAUGAUAAAAGCACUACAGUCCACAAGGGAUGAAAACUUACUGCAAGAAUUUCGCAGACAGUUAGAUAUGUUUCACAGAUUACAACAUGAGAAUGUAGCGAAACUUGUAGGCUUAUGUCGUGAUGCAGAGCCACAUUAUAUGGUGCUUGAGUACACUGACUGGGGUGAUCUCAAACAAUUCCUUCUUGCAACACGAGGAGGAAAAGAUGGAAUCCGUACUAAAAGUCAGCGGCCUCAACCUCCACAGCUAUCAGUUACACAGAUUAUUCAACUAGCUAACCAAGUUGCUCAAGGAAUGGAGCAUCUUGCCGACCAUAGACUGGUGCACAGAGAUCUUGCUGCGAGAAACUGCCUUAUUGCAUCAAAUCUCACGGUCAAAGUUUCUUUGCCAGGUCUUUGCAAGGACACUUACAGUAAAGAAUACUGCAGUCAUCAUAACCAGAUGAUACCUUUGAGGUGGAUGCCUUAUGAAGCAGUAUUUGAAGACGAUUAUUCAACAAAGUCUGACGUCUAUGCAUUUGCUUGCCUUGUGUGGGAGAUGUUCCACCAAGGAGAGCUUCCAUUCCCCAAAAUGAGUGAUGAAGCAGUUCUCACUGCUUUGAAGAAACAUGAACUACAGUGGAAACCACAUAAAGCAGCACCUCAAUCUUUACAAAGUCUUCUUCUUAGUUGCUGGUCUGAGAGUCCACGUGACAGACCUACAUUCAAUCAGCUUGUUGUUACCAUAGGAGAGAUUUCGAUAGACAGUGAAAUCUGAGUGACGUGUUAGUGAUUGGUGUCUUGCUAGUCUCACUUCUUAUUGGAGUUGUAACAUUUUGUUUUAGUUAAUGACUGAACUGUGCAAAGGAAAACGCAUCAGCUUCAACUUCAGACUCUUUGAAUGUGUGUUUUAUUUAUUAUGUGUGAGUGUGUGCUUUGCAGGAAAGGUAUCAAAUUGUGAUAAUUGACUGAAAAAUGGAAACUGUUCACAUUUAUUAAUUUUUUUUUUUAAACCGAAAAGUUUUACUAAAAAGAUCUCCUUUGUGUGCUAUUGAACACAGACAUUGCCUUAAUACUCUUUAAGUAUUAUUUUACAUAUUGUAUUCUUUUCUCUUGUAUCUAUUGAAAUUGGUGAAACACGUAUCACGUGUUCUAAAAAUGUUUCCACUGUAAUAUAAUAUCGUAACGUUUGAUAUGUGCCCAGCAAGAGAAGUUGUUUACUUCUUCUUUGAUGUUUACAAGUAUUUUGCAUUACAGUAUUAACUCAUAUACCUAUAUACAUAAAUGACUGACCCAGUGUGCAUAUGCAGUUUUAACAAUGGGCUUGUAUUUUUUGAAAAAAGAAGAAGAGAUUUUGUAUGGAGUUACUACAUAUCACAGUUUUUCAAAUUUUAAAUGACAUUUUUGGCAUUUUGAGCUGAAGAAUUAUUGAAUUAAUAUACAGAUGGACCAUACUGUAACAGCUGCCUGGAAAAAAAACAACCAAUUCAAAUUCAGACCAACAGUAGAUAUGUAAAUAACUAUUAUACAUGUUGCAAAGUACCUGUAGCAAAUGCUGCCACUUAUUCUGACAACUUGUAAUUUUUACUUUUAAAAGAAACAAUGUUUUAAAAUAGUGAAAAAGACUUCAGAUGUAUAAAAACAUGGUUGUCUGUUUGGUUACUGUCAUUACUCUGUAAGUACGGAAAAGGGCUUACUUAAACAACUUCUAGAUGAGAACUCCGUAGUUACAUUAAAAAUAUGUGCAAGAUGCAAGUUGCAAACCUUAAAAAAUAAGUAUUUGUGCCUGAGUCAUAUCUGGUCUAUCUGUGAAUAAUAGGUAAGCCUCAAUACAGAAAGAUGAUACCAGAUUUAAUUUUACAAGAACAUAAUAAAAAUUUGUAAUGAUCAAUUAAAGCAAAAAGUUGCAUAUAAAUGUACACAGGAGAUCUUGAUUAUCCUCACUUUGGAUAGUCUAUAUGUUAUGAUCCCUGAAUGCAGGUUUUUGUGUAAAGCAGAUUUGAUGGCAACAUUAUUUAUGGACUGUUACCCGCAUUUUCUUUUGUUCCAUUUUUUAUAUCUUACCAAUAGACAAUCCUUAUAAGUACACAGGUACAGUAAAUACCAAGUGAACUUGGAAUAUACUGCUGAUAUAUAUAGAAACUGAAAUCAUUCUUCCAAACCAUUAUUUUCCUUCUUGAAGAAUAUGAGUAACUCUUUUGGAUGAAUGAAUCUUGUUUUGAUUUUAUUGAAGUCCAUUGAAUUACUUAAUUACAUACUCUGUUUUCAUUAUUUUCUUUCUCAAAGCAAAGUAAAAUUAUAAUUCAGUGUAGAGCAGAAGUUUCUGAUACUUCUGAAAUAUGAGCUUAACUUUCUUAUGAAAACACUUACAAAAAAGAAGUGCUACAUGCAUACCAUUGCCUCAAGUAACAACUGUAUGUCUUAAUUAUUAUUCUAACUGCCUAUCAGAAAAUGCAUUUCAUAAGCUCAAACUGUGAUUCUUAUUAUUGAUAGAUGAUUUUAAAAUGUUCAACAACAUCAAAAAUCGUGAUAAAAAAUACAAAAAGCUUUAAUCUAUUUUUGAAUGAAACAUGUUUGUCUCCCAUUUUAUGUGUAGUUUAUAAUGUAAUUUUAAGAACUGUAUCAAAUAAUAUUUAUGAAUAAUAGUUUUCAUUUUGAUGAUUGAUGCAGUCACACAGCUAGGUAAAUUUUUCUGUGCAUUUAGUUGUCAGUUUAUCAAGCAUGUGCAACAACAUACAUAAAAUUUUCAUAGGAUUGUUGUAAAAUUUUAGCUUUUGUUUUCUACAAUUUUCAUAUGGUAUAAAUUAAACACAAGAACGAAAGCCAAAGAAAAACAACACUGGGUUUCAGAAUAGUGGUUUCUUCAUCUGACAGACAAAGGUUGGAGAAAACAGAACUAUCCAUUGAUGUCUCGUGAAAUCACUGAAUAGUUUAAUUUCACUCAAACUUUUCCUAUGUUCUUUCUUCUGAUAAAUGAAACCCAGGCUCUGGUAACCAAUAUCUCAGUCUUUCUUUUUCCAUGUGUAUUACCCUUCUGUGCAUCUUAUAUACAAGUCCUUUUUAUCUCUGUUCAUUUCUGAUAUAGUAGCUAUUACUAAUGACUUUAUAAAAUAAUUAUGUCCAAACAAUUUUGGUAUUAUUAUUUGUUAAUAAGAUUUUAAGUAAAAUGCAGAUAAUUUUACCCUGUUUAAGCCCACCUUAUAUUUCUACAUGAGAACUAUUCUGGCUAUUAAUUACUGUCUUAGGACAACUGGUGUGAGGAAAAGUGAAGUUGCCAAUUUCAUUGUUUCUUAUGAGUACCUAAUGUUGUAGACAGAAUCAUAAAGUAGUAACCAAACUACAUUAUUCAUAUUGAAUAUUGUACAAGAGACAGUAGUGUACAGAUAAACUGAUUUGUACAUUAUGCUAUAGCUGGACCUAUGCAACCAUCUCCACAGCCACUGUGCAGUGGUAACUGUUUUAGUCUCAUUUGCAGAUUUUCAGACUCCAGUAGAACAUACAGUGUGACAAUUAUUGAAUUGUAUGGAAAAAACAUAAAUUAAUUACAAACUACAGCAUGCCAAACUUUAUUCAGCAUGUGAACAUCAAUAAUUGUCACCCUGUAUGUAACAGAACAAAAUUAAGAAAGUUACCUGAAAGAGCAGCAGGGAAACCCAUUAACAUGAUAAAAUCUUAAUUUGUAGGUAAUUAUUAAUAUCAUUCAGUGUUCUUGUAGCUUUACCUUCUCAUACUUUCAAAUAACCCAGGAGCAAUGUGUUAUCAUUGCAUCCAGCUGUAAGUGUCUCUUAUUGUCACUUCUUUUACUCAUAAUGUCACAUGAAAAUGUUGCAGUCUUUCUUCUGUUUUGAAGUUAUUCUAUAGGCUGUCUCUAGUUAACUGCACUAUUAAAUAUAAUGAAUUUUUCCUCUCUUACUUGUGUGUGCAGAGAUUACAACAAAAUAUUCUUCCAUUGUAAAAUGAGACAACCCCAAUUCAACAUUUACAUUGAGAAAGCUUUGAGUGUUGGAGCAGUUUUUCAAGAAUAAACACAAUCUUUCUUCUGAGUUCAUAUAAUAUUUCAGAUGCCACACAAAUGUAUAAAAAAAUUAUCACAAAAAAUUAUUUUCAUUUCCUUAGAUGAGAAGUCGAGCUACACCUAACUCACUGAUUUUUGAGAAUGCUUCUAAUAAAAGUUUUGUUCACUGAAAAUAUCAUGAAUGUUCUGCCCCUUAUGCAUAAUUUUGUGAAUCAAGUGUUAAUUGUGUUUCUAUGAUUACAUUUUUUAUCCACUUCAUACUUUUGUUUCUGGGGUUGUUUGCCUCAGAGGUCACUGCUGUCCAACAAAUGAGCAGUUGUAUUAUGGUAGCAGAGUUCUUUUCUAAUGUUUGUUGUCGACUGUAACAAGGGACCAGUCAGACUACAUGUAAGAAAAAUUGCUGUGGUAAUACUUUUUAAAAACAAAACAGUGCCUUUUAUGAUAAGUAGUGCAGUAAUGUUCAGAAAAUAA